GUGAUAGAAACAGAGAGUCAGAAUGGAGGAUCUGGCAGAGUAUCAUGGGGACAUCAGUAAGAAAAGAGCAGAAGAGAUCUUGAGUAAGGCAGGCAGAGACGGCAGCUAUCUGAUCAGAGACAGUGAACGUUUACCGGGUUCAUACUGCGCGUGUGUGCUGUGUGGUGAAUGGGUGUACACCUACAGAGUUUUCAAACAAAAGGACGGCUACUGGACAAUUGAGACAGCUCCUGGGACAAAAGAAAGAUUCUUUAGAAAAGUCAGUAAUCUUAUUUCUGCUUUCAAGAUCCCGGACCAAGGAAUCAGCGUUCCGCUUCUCUAUCCUGUGAAUAAACCAAAACAUCAACAAUAACACAAAGAUAAACACCUCAAAACACACCAUGUUAUUUGUUGUAUAUUUUUGUAAAUAAAACAACUAUAUGGCCUUUGUGAACUUUUUUAUUUUUUCCAUCUAAACCACUAAACAGUACACAUGACUUUGCCUGGAGUCCUGGUUCAUUUCUAACCCUCAUUACUCUUCGGGUUUUGUUUGGGAACUCACGAAAGCUUGUUUCCUCUUUACAAAAUAUCAACAGUUUCUUCUGAUGUCGGUUGUAAAGCUUCUUCUUGAGAUUAAAACUAAACUAUUCUGUUAAAGUGUUUUAAGAUGCGUUUCAUUUAGCGCUAAUAUUAAACAUAAACAUUAAACACAAUUAACUUUGAUUUGAAUUGUGUGUGAUGAAAUUCAGAGAUUAACAAGACACGUACACGUCUGGCCUGUUUUUUUUUCAGUUUAACAGACUGAACAUUGGACUAACAGAAAAGGUAAGUCCAAUGAAAAUAAAACAAGAGGAGCAGCAUAUGAUUUGUGAAAUAUCAUUGUGUGUUUGUCCUGAACUAUGUUAGAUAUUAACAUUCACAUAUUUGUCUUCUGCUAGCUGAUCCCUAAAAGUAAAAUCUCAAACAGAAGAGAGAAUUAGCUUUUUAAAUCAUUAUGAUCCUUUAAAAUGACAUACUGCAGAAUCAGUUUAUGUCUGAAUCAAAACUAACUCUGACACGACAAACACACAUGCAGAAACAAAGACGAACAGGUUACAUUUGCAUUUUUAUUCAUAAAAAGGCCACAGCCCAAAUUACUUUGUUUUUAAAUAGGCAUGUUUUACAAACGGCAUUAAUCUGUGUACAUAAAGCCCAUCAGCCAAAUAUACACCACAGGAACGUGUUUGGCCAAAGUGAGGACAUUGAACUUCUUUAGUACUUUUGUGAGAGAAUUUGAUCAUUAACCAAACGUUACUUUGUCAGUUCAUCAAUGAUGGUGAUUAUGACAAAGAUGCAAACUAAGAGAAAAAAACAAGUAUUUCCCACCACAUUUUUUUUUCUUCGUGCAACGUAAUCGUACUUGUAUUGAUCAUUUGCAAAACGUCUGAAACAUAUUGUGCCUUGGGAGCACCUCUCACGCAAAUCCGUUAAAUAUUUGCACGUCCUAAAAAUUCAGUCUAAUGCAUUUACCUCUUUUCAGUGCAAAUAUAUAUCUCAUAUUAAGGUUACAAAGCUUGAUGGUACAGCAUAUCCACAGAAUUCACAAGAAAAUACAUUUAGUCCUAAUUCUCUUGAGUUUCAUGUAUAAAUAGUCCAUUAUCUAUAAACAGUCUACAGUAGUCCAUUAAUGAUAUACAGAAGUCCAUAUCGAGUGUCCUACACACAGAACGUCUACCCACAGUGCUGCAGACUUUUAAUAGAUUUGGAAAAGACCCAACUCCAAGACUAACACAAAAAUAACGCUCUUCAGCAGGCGAUCCUUUCAUUUCCCUACGCAUCUUCCUCCUCAGGUCUUCUGCUAGUUUCAACAGGGAUCAGAAACCGGGAAAAUGACCUCUCAACGUACUGGAAAACGAAUCCAAAACUUGCUAGCUUUGACACUCAUUGUGAAACCAAAUGGCAUGAUGUGGGUUUCAGCAAAACAAACGAUAAAUCACAUGAGAAUAAAUAAACAACAGGAGCAGCAUAUUGACUGUAAACUGG